UCGUGAUUCUUUUGUCCCGCGUCGAGUGAGUGGCAUGCGUGUACCGACAAGGCUUUAGACGCGAACAUGUCGUUUAGCCCUUGGAUCCUGUGGAGCGCACUCUCCCAUACUGCCAGACUCUCCACCGCCCUCCAGAUCCUGAUCUUCCUCCCUCUCACACUAGUCACGCUCUCAAAACCUGCAUUCCUCUUGCUUUCCCUCCUCCUCACAGUACAUGCUGCCAUCCAUGGCACCCUCAUCCUCUUAUGGGGUUCCCCCGCGCUAUCGCUCCUCCAAGUCCCCAUGCACCCGUUCCUCCUCCUCGUCUGCUUCAAUGCAUUCUCCACCUCCGUCCAUCCGUGGCUCGGCCCCGCCACCUCUGUAUGGGGCACGAUACUCACCUACAUGGGCCCGCUGUUCAUCGCUCUGGAGGGCCUCUCGAGUUUGGUGGUGGUCCAGAAGCUGGGGCAGCAGGGGAAGAGGUUGGUGGAGGAGGGGGAGAUGUAUCAGUUUGGGUUGUUGAUUGCUUCUGCUGGGACGUAUGUGGCUAGUGCUUGGUGGAUUGUUAAUGCGUACCCUGCGGCGGCGUCUUCCCCGUUGUCUUCGACGUUUCUCGGAGUUGCGAUUACCGCUUUGCUCUUUCUUACGUUCAUUGGGUUCUUUUUGAGGCGGACGAAUAUAAUCGAGUCUUCGGGCCUCGCUUUGUUCAUGGCGUACAAUGUCUGGCUUUGUGGGUUUGACCAGGAGUUGUCUUCGGAUCCGUCUUAUUCCUAUGUCCCACUCCUCCCAAACCUGAUUCCUCAUCUUCAGACUUUGCUCAAUUUUGUUACGAACACGCUGCCUAAACCUGUGCUGGUUGCCUUGUUGUACAGGCUAACUGUGUUGCAGCUGGCUUCGAAGAUCUUGCCGGGUAUUGGUGCCGAUAGUUGGGACGAUGAGGAUGGCGUUGAUAAUGGAUGGGAAGAUCGACCGACGUUGACGUUGACUCGGAUACUCUUGACUUAUCGACAGUUGAUUUUCGUGACUGUGUAUUCUCACCUCCUCUUGCUGGAUCAUUCAUCCCAAGUAUGGUGGCGAUGGAUAAACAUCUUUUUCACGCUAGUUAUGUGGUCUAUUGAACUACUUGUUAGUACUGAAGAUGAUGCGGUUCAAAAAGAAUGGAAGGUAGAUUAA